GCUCUGUCCUGGCAGCCGGAGCCGGCCGGUCCCAGGGGACCUGGGGAGCCUCCGGAACCGCCCCUCGCUGCUCCUCCCCUCCUUCUGCUCCUGAAAUACCCGCUCUGGCCUCUCCGAGCAUCCCUCUGCUCCUCUCCCUCACUCCUCUUCCCUUCUCCGUUUUCUCCUCUCUGAAGUUGCCCCUUCCCUCUCCCCUGCUCUCCCAAACCUCUCUCCACUGAGGAACUGACUGAAGACCCCCAGGCUGGGGCAGGGGCCAGGACCCCCCUGGCAGAGCCACACUCCAGCUGGGAGCUGGGCAAUGCCUCUCCAGAUAUUCUGCACCAUCUCCUUCUCCAGAGAGGAAGGACCAGAAGACGCUGCAGCCGCCGCAGAAGGAGAAGACGGAGCAGAGGAGUUCCUGUACGGGCAGGAGGAGGAUGAGGAGGAUGAGGAGGACACAGGAGCCACCACGGACUUGGUGGCGUUCGCCAGCAGCUGCACCCUGCACGGGCUGAGCCACAUCUUCGUGGAAGGCACCCUGGGCGCCCGGCAGGCGCUGUGGGCGGCGGCUUUCCUCCUCUCCCUCUCCAUCUUCCUCUACCAGGUGGCAGAUCGUGUCACCUACUACCUGGAGUACCAGCACAUCACGCUGCUGAGCGAGCAGGGCAGCCCCGAGAUCGCCUUCCCCGCCGUCACCUUCUGCAACAUCAACCGCGUGCGGCUCUCGCAGCUCAGCCGCCACGACUUGCUCUACCUGGCUCCCCUGGUGGAUUACGAGCCUGGCAUGGAGUUGGGCUUCACCCCAGCUCGGUCUGACCCCUGGGAGGAGGAGCCCUUAGAUUUGUUUGGGUUUUUUAACCGUACUUGCCACCAGCUGGAGGAUAUGCUGCUGAGCUGCAGUUACCGCGGCCAGCGCUGCGGCCCCGCGGAUUUUGCGCCGGUGAGUAGCACCAAGGUGGUUCAGGCUACCAGGAGCAGCUCUGGAGCUCACCAGGCAUUGCAGGUGAUGCUGAUAUUUCCCUGAUGUUCUCCUUGCUGAUGUUUCAACCCCAUCUGGCAGAUCCCUGGUUGUGGGGGUCCUCUGGUGGGACACAGAGCGUGUCUGCGGGGUUGUGUUUGAUGAGGCACCUCCAUCCCGGUGCCAUCAGGGUUUGUGGGGCACCAGGUGGGUCCUCAGGUGCUCCUUGCCCAGGUUGGCAGCAGAUCUGUGGUGUUGGGGUCGUGCUGGAAUGGCUGAGGAGGGAUGGGGGAUCCAGAAUCCCGUCCAGUCCCAUCCUCUGCCGGGUUGGAGGAGACAUCAGUGAGUGCCACCACCCUGGGGAGCCACAGCUGCUCUGGGCUCUCUGAGGCUGGGGUAAAUGUGCAGCAUCUCUGAGUCCAUCCCUGCUGGAUCAUCUCCUCCUCCACCAGGGCCAGGAUCCAACACUGAGAGAUCCUGUGGGUCAGGAACCCGGAUCAGAGCGUGCCCAGGCUGGUGUGGAUGAGUUUUGGGGCUGGGGACGCUCUCCUGGCUGCACACAGAGGAGCCUCAGCCUCAGCCCUUGCUCCUGGUGGUGUCUCUGUUGAACCUGUGUUGUUUAAAGUCUCUGUGUUCCAGCCCCAGCACUGAGAAAGAGUCAGGAGACUCUUCUGUUGUUUAUUUUAUUUUAUUUUAUCUAUAAAUUCUUUCCCUGACUAGCUGUAGUUCUUCCAGCUGGUCAGCCCAGGCACACUCUGCCUGCCCCUGGGGUGGGCACUAUCUUUUAUACUAAAAACUACUUAAACAUUAUUUACAAUUAUCUUCCAAUACCCAUUACUUAUAUUGUACAGCCUGCUUCUUUUCUAAACCAAUCCAGAUAUGCCAACAUCACCUAAAAAAUGGAUGCUGGGAAGAAGGAGGAAGAAGGACAUAAGUUCUUCCAUCUUGACCUCAGACCCUUAUUAGAAAUAAUCUUAAAAACUUUCUU